AAAAAAAAAACCACGAAAGCUGGCCCAAUACCAAUAUCUCGCCUACAAUGCCCGAAAACAGCGUUCCGCUUCUCGAUUUAUUAGCCUCUCCCCAUAAAACCAUUUAUCGAUCCCACAGGCGUGAUAAUGGCCAGCUUGCUGGCGGUGCAGUCGGUGAUCAUGCAGGGGAAGAACUCGUUCGAGCUGUACGGUUACGAUAUACUUCUCGACGAGGAUCUGACGCCGUGGUUGCUCGAGGUGAACGCCUCGCCAGCGCUGACCGGCACGGACAGCGAGGAUUAUCGGCUCAAGUUCGAUCUCCUCGACGACACGCUCAACGUGCUCGACUUCGAGGGCCGUUUCACCGGCAGAGAGACCAGAAUCGGUGGUUUCGAUCUACUGUGGAACGAUGGUCCGGUGUGGACUUACUGUCCCAAUCCAUCUGUUUGCGGCGAGCCAUCGACCGAUCUUAAGAAACUGAAUAUUUUUCUUGGAGCACGGAAUGAUAGAGUCGAACAGCUGCGCCAACUCAGACAGUGUUUAGAAGAGAAAAGGAACAGGGUGCAGAGCGAUCGUGUCGGGAUGCGUCGAUGAUGAACGAAUUGGAGAUUUUCAACGUCUUGUCCAAGGAAUCUUUCAAUAUCUACUCUUUGUUAUAACAAAGUAUCGAAAAUAUUGAAAUGUUAUACGUGACUUAUACUUCCACGAGUUUUCCAGCGGAAAAAUAGAAACAAAAUUUAGGGUUUAAACAUUUUGGUUGUAACGAAGUUUGUUCAAGCCCUAAAUUUUGUUACGAACGAGUGGAACAGUACAGGGUACGUUAGACGCGUUGACGGCUAAGACGACGUUUUUAAUAGUUGGUUAGUUUUAAUAGUCGUUUCGAAUGUUAAAUUUUGUCUCCGAUAAUGGAUUUUUAAAUAUAAAUUAUAUUACUUGGAAACAUUAAAAUAUUGAAUGAAUCGCUGCUAUCGUGAAAGAACAUCUGCACCAUUGUUCCUCUAGAUGUAUUCUUUUGCAUAUGUAUAUCAUUUUCUAGGAAAGAAAUGUAUUUAGGCUACGCUCAUCUUCAUCUUUCAUUUUCACCGUUUUAUGACACAAGACGUUUGUAUUCGCAAUUUGUUAAAAAUUCAGCGAAACGCUCCGUAGGAAGUUAUGUUUUAAAGAUAAACUUCAUGCUUUAACGAGGGUUUACAUUGUAGCAAGUAGAGCAGUGCAAAUUAAUACCGAUUUCAAUGUAAAUUUUUCCAUGAUAUACAUAUUAGAAAAAAACAUAUAUAUUCGUAUGUGAAGGUUCUGGCAAAGUUUCGUAGAGGAGCAGCAAGCAGCAAUAAUUCUUGUUUAGCAUUGUCAGCUACGAUACAGACAGAAACUUCGCUGCUUUGUUAGCUUAAUAGCAAAUGACAGCGGUAAUUCACGCAAUUCAUAACUGCACCUUGUACAAGUUUAUCGAGGUCAAUACUUUCAUUCGAGUUACUUCUUCCACCCUGAGAAGAGUUUUAGCACAGUGCUGCGAAUCUCAUUUAAAGAACCGACGUAUUACGACUAUUCGUGCUCCUCUUAAUAACACAUUUUAAUACCUAUUAAUAGCGUUCACGCGUAAUAAAAGUCUGUUCUACAUUUGGCUUGCUUCGUCCGUAAUUACUUCUUCGGAUUUAAGCGUUCGAGCUUCUUGGUAUUCGGAGCAACAUUCUAAAUUUCAUCUUCGACGCUUCUGAAUCUUUCAAGAAAUCGUAGAUUACACUGGUAUUUCCAGGAAAUUCGAAAUUUUACGCUUUUAGCUUCUAAAAAGGACUUUACAAACUUUUUAGGAUCUUGAAAUUUUCAAAUCCUAAAUCGGAAAAAUUAUGCGAGCCCCUUUGGCGAAUGUCCAGUGAAGCAUAAAAUUAUAUGUUUUAACAUUACGAACAUGCAGCAUGCAGCUUUACUGUGCGCAUCAUCUUCUGACGAAUUGAUAAAUUCUUUCUUUUCUUUUACUCUUUUAUACAAUACACUCGUAAAGGCAAUAACGCGAAUACACAAUACUUGCCACUAAAUAUUUUCUUAAUACAUGGUAAGCAUAACAAGCAGUAUGAUUCAUAAUACAUGAUAAGUGUUAUUAUCAAGCGCCUACAGACGUCAAUAAUAAUCAAAGGGUUGAUUAAUCUCUUGCUAACUUCUUUUCCCAUGAAGAGAAAAGGCUACCACUCGUGAUGCUACACAUCGCUACCUUAAUCUUCCACUCGUAACUAUGUACGUCAGAUGUGACUUUAGAAAUUGCGCUGUAGAAAUUUCGAUUGUGUAUCGAUCAAUUACGUAAAAAGCACAUCUCAUAGUCACUCACGAUACUCGUAUUGUAAUACCAGAAUAUUGUUAUUCGUUACAUUCGUAUAGCAUAUUAAUAUUUCGUUCUUGCUUUAUUAUCGAAUCAAGCUUUUCUGCCGUUCAUGAACGCAAGAAAGUAUGUAAUUUCGUAUCAAAUAAAGAUAUAAACGUUAUACGACUUUAUCAAAAUCCACGUUCCGC